AUGUCUUCUGCGAACAUAAAUAAAAAUACCAAAUGUCAUUUAAUUGAAAUAAAGCCAAAUAGAGAAAAUAUUCGUUUUAUUUAUUUAAAUAAUAUUGAACCAACAUUUGAUAUACAAUCAAAUUUACUGAAAAUAAAUCCAGCUACACAAUUUUAUACUAAUGUUCAAUUAUGUAUUGAUUUUAUAAAAACAUUAUCUAAUGAACAAGUUUUUUUAAUUAUUUCAAAUAUAUUAUUAUCAAAUAUUUUCGAUUAUAUUUAUUCUUUACAAGCAAUUAUUGCUAUUUUUAUUUAUGAUGAUAAACAACAAAUAAAUGAAUUUAAAACUAAACAUCCUAAAAUAAUUGAUAGAUAUACGAAUCAAAAUGAUUUAUUUAAAUCUAUUCAAGAAAAAGUUCAAUUUAUCGAAAAACAAACAUUUGUUUAUAGCUUAUUUGAUCAAAAACAUAAAUUAACAAGAGAUUUAACAAAAGAAUCAGCUUUAUUACUUUGGCAUCAUAUGUUACUUGAUAUUCUUAAACAAAUGCCACAAAAUGAAACUUUACGUGAUGAAAUUUUAAAUAAAUGUUCAGAUUAUUAUCGAACAAAUCGUUCUGAAUUAGAUAAUAUUGAAUUAUUUCGUCAAAAUUAUCGAGGUCAACAAUCUAUUCAAUGGUAUACAAAUGAAUGUUUUUUAUAUAAAUUAUUAAAUCGUGCAUUACGUACAGCUGAUUUCGAUAUUUUAUAUUCAAUUCGUUUUUUUAUUAUUGAUUUAUGUUUUGAAAUAGAAAAAGAAACUAAAAAUAUUAAUAAUCAAGAAUCUUUAAUUGUUUAUCAUGCACAAAUUAUGUCUAUUGAAG